AUGGAUGACGUCUGGACACCUGAAUCCGUCGCAGAUAUCAACACCCUAUCGGAGUAUCUCAGCGACUGCCGGCUACGAGACCUAAACCUCUCACCGCCCGUCGAUUGCAUGAUCGUCUGUGCUUCCGAGGCCCUGUAUGGCGCGGAGACCGUUUUCCAAGCCCUGCAAGAUAGAGCUGGGGUCGCGAAAUGUCUAGUCCUAUGUGGCGGCAUUGGCCAUUCUACGCAUCUUCUCUACGAGGCCGUCAGUCACCAUCCCCGCUAUUCUCGAGUGGGUGACGCGGUACGAGGUCUCCCCGAGGCCCGCGUGCUCGAAGUGAUCCUGGACGGAUUCUUCGAGCGAUCUCUCAUAAUCUCCAACGGGUGCCAGAUCCUUGUUGAGGACCAGUCCACGAACUGCGGUCAGAAUGCGGCGUACAGUAGGCAGGUUCUUGAAACGGCCGGAUUCCACACGCCGUCAUCUCUUGUCGUCAACCAGGACCCGACGAUGAUGCUCCGCACAAGAGCGUCCUUUGAGAAAGUCUAUGAAGAUCUGGCUGUGCCUGUUUCGGUCGUUAGCUAUCCGGCCUUUGUGCCGAAGCUGAGACUUCCUGCUUCAACGCCCCCGGCUGCUUGGAAUUUGAGCUCUUGGAGACGGUCUCGCGCUUAUGGUCUGUGGAACGGUUCCUCGAGCUGA